CCAACAUCUACCUACCGCUAUUCUCCUUUGCCGGUUGGUUGUAUCCGCUUACUUCGAUUGCUGCCACAUCCAGACGAAGAUGCUAUAAUACAAUGUCACCUUGUCCAUUACCCUCUUCUGAGCUCAGGGAAAGGCACUCACCUCUACGAGGCUUUAUCUUACGUAUGGGGCUCCGAAGAGAAGCCCCGCCGCAUUUGCGUUGGCGGAGAUGACUUAUACAUUACUGAGAAUCUUCACACGGCGCUAUUACGUCUUCGAGAUGGUUCAUUUGAGCGAAUCGUCUGGGCCGAUGGCAUUUGCAUUAAUCAGGACGACAAUGAAGAGCGCAGCCUUCAAGUCCAAUAUAUGAUGAACAUCUACUCUAGGGCGAGUCAGGUCAUUGUAUGGCUUGAAGAGACGAUAGAUGGCACCCAUUCAGCCGAUACGAGUCUGGCAGUCGAGGAAAUAGGCCGUGCUGCGGACGGCCACUUGACGGAGUCUUCAAAUGACGAGGCAAUACGCACGAUUCUUCAACGAUCGUGGUUCCAACGCAUAUGGGUGCUCCAAGAGGUUGCCGCAGCUAGGCACGUCCUAAUCAUGUGUCAUUCUAUAGAGAUUGACGGAGACGCAUUCUGCGCCGGGUUGAUAGCCUUGAAUCUGGCCCUCAAAGACCAAGAACUACAGAGCCGAAUCCGUUCAGCAAUAUAUCUUAUAAAAAACGCCGGUCUCCGACCUAAGCAUAUCGCUGGUGAUUUUGACAAAUUUUCUCUUAGCAGACGCUCCCUGGGGGAAUUGGUAGACAUGUACCACAACCGCAAGGCCAAGGACCGGCGAGAUAAGAUUUAUGCUUUGCUGGGUAUGAGCUCGGAAAUUCCGGUUGAACUGAUGCCUGACUACAAUACUCCGUGGAAAGACCUCUUUCAUAAACUUAUCCGGUCCUUUACUGGAGAACAAGCAGCUAUUGAAACUUGGAACAUUGAGGAUUUCGCAAUAAUUCAGACUCAGGGGCGUGUGAUUGGUACGGUAUCUUCCAUAUCAACUUCCGAUGCGUGGAACGAUGAGCAGGACGUGGGUGUGAACAUUCACAUAGACAAAGACUCUGACUCUGACUCUGACUCGGACUCUGAUUCUGACUAUAAAGAAGAGCAUGUCAUCUGGACCAUGCAAGCUUCCGCAAAGGCCAUUCGUCAGGGAGACAUCAUUUUUUUUGUGUCGGGCGCAUCGAAACCGAUGAUCAUCAGACCAUGCGAGGAUUACUUUUGUGUUAUUGUAACUGCCGCUACUCCCAGGCAUCCACCUCAGGCUUCUUUCGGAUGGCCAGAAGUCUCUCCUAACCGUCAACUUCUACUUGUUUGGGACUGGGGGCUGUCCAUAGAAAGGCUAGGGGAUAUACCUAUUACCUUGGAAAUUGUGCAAUAUAUCGCUGAACACCGUGGUGUACAGAUGAUGACACUGCUUCUUGAUCAGCUUAGAGACCAGAUGCCUGUUUCCGAGGAGGUGAUGAUUGCAGCGGCAAGAAAUAGGGUAUACGGUGCAAUGGUAAAGCUACUUUUUGAACGCCGUGAACAGAUUCCUAUUACCGAAGAGGUGGUACAGGUGGCCGCAUGUAAUCGGUCUGGUGGUGUAUUGGAAUCACUUCUCAACUGGCUUGGAGACCAGGCCCCUAUUUCCGAAGGAGUGGUAGCAGCAGCAGUGGGAAAUGGAGCAAUUGCAGACAGACUGUUAUUAUUUCUUCUUGAUAAGUAUGGGGAUAGGGUCCCUUUUACUAAGAAGGUAGUGACAGCAGCAGCAGGAAAUAUGAGCCUCGGGGUCGAACUGAUAACACUGCUUCUUGAUAAGCGUGGAGACCAAGUUCCCGUUACUGAAGAGGUGGCAACAGCAGCGGCGGGAAAUUGGAAACGCGGCAAGGAAAUAAUGACGAUACUUUUCGACCGGCGAGACUAUAUCCCUAUUACAGAAGAGGUGGUGAUAGCUGCGGCGGGAAACCCCUCCAAGGAUAACGAAGUACUGGGACUGCUUUUUAACCGGCGCGGAGACCAGAUCCCUGUUACUGAGGAUGUGGUAAAAGCAGCGGCAGGAAAUAGCAACAACGGCUGGAGGUUAUUAAAAAGCCUCUUCGAUUGGCGCGGAGACCAGGUCCCUAUUUCAGAAGAGGUGGUAAAGGCAGCAGCGACAAAUUACGGCGAUGUAAGAGUGAUGGAACUGCUUCUCGGCUGGGGCGGACUCCAGGUUCCCAUUACUGAGGAAGUUGUUGAAGCGGCGGCAGGAAACUCGUUCGACGGCAAGCGAGUGAUGAAACAAGUGCUUUCACAUAGAGACAAGAUGUCCGUUACUAAAGAGAUGUUUGAAACUAUUGCUGAAGCAUCCUACAAAGAAACAAUGAAAUCACUUCUUUGGAAGUGUGGGGACCGGAUCUUGGUUACAGAGAAGGUGAUGCAGAUUGCAGCAAGAAGACACGGAGCAAGUGUAAUGCAAUUGCUCCUUGAGCGGUGUGGAGAUCAAGUCCCUAUAACGGAGGAGGUGAUUAAGACUGCGGCGGCGGAAGGCUUGUAUGGUGAUGAGGUAAUAGAGCUAUUUCUCGACCGCCAAGGGGACCAAGUCGUCGUUAAUGAGGAGUUAUUAAAGGCGGCGGUGGCAAAUUGUUGGAAGAGCGUAGAGAUAUUAGAACUGCUUCUUAACCGGCGCGGAGACGAGGUCGUCAUUACAGAGGGGGUGGUUAAGGCGGUGGCGGCGGGAAAUUCUGACGAGAGUGUGGAGUUAUUGGACUUGUUUCUUGAUCGGUGCGGAGACGAGGUUACCAUUACCGAGGAAGUGGUCAAGGCAGCAGCUGGCAAUGAGGAAAAAGGCCAUCGGGUUAUAGACCUUUUACUGCGCCGACGUGGAGAUGAGAUUGUUGUAACCAAGGAAGUAGUGAAAGCAGCAGCUAGCAAUAGGUAUAAGGGCGAGCAGGUUAUAGACCUUCUUCUAAGCCAACGCGGUGAUGAGAUUGUUGUGACUGAGGAUAUCAUGGAGGCUGCU